UUUCGACUAAGUUCAAGCCCUUGUACUCUAAUCAAUCAACAUUGUGUCACGAACUCCAGUCGCUGAAAGUGUGUUCAAAAAGGGAUCUGUGAACAGCGUCGCGCUUCCGCCCGCAUCCCACCGAAGCAACAUGGACGACUUUGCAGUCACUCGCCUCCGAUCCAAGCGCCUCAAAUUCCGGAGCCACUAUGACGAAGACAAGGCGCUGUGCUAUGCAAAAUUUUGGCAGGAACCGCCUCCGACGCUGAUUUCCCGCAUCAUUGACUAUCUUCGUGAAGAGGUCAACCACGAAUUUUGCAAAUGUCCACUCUUUUUUGGGUCCACGCCACCCCCUUCCCUCUUGAAUCGGGAUGCGAUCGAAACCCACACGCCGAACCCCGCCGUGCCCGCCCACGUCAUGAUUUCAAUCCGAACUCCCUUGCGGAUGCGAGCAAUUUCCUCGCGGCAAACACGUGCCCUGCUUGCACACGCUUCCACGACGAAUAUCUUCACUAACCUCGACGAGCACGGGAUGUUUGAUUAA